AACGUCGGCCGCGGGAGGAUUCGAAAAGUGGCGGUGAGGGAGGGGCCGGGCGGGGGCUGGAGCUGUCCCCGGGUGUCCCGGGCUGUCCGCCGGUGUCUCCUCCGAGCGGCUCCCCCGAGUGGCUCCUCCGGCGGUGCUGCCGUGCGCCGCGGGCUCUUCUACGCGCCUGUCCGCCGGCUUCGUUCCGCUCCGCUGAGGCGGCGCCGCCGCCGUGUUGGAAGCGCAUCUCGCGGAUCCAUGAGGGCUCGGCCGCUCUGAGGGAGCCCGAGUAGGGAAGAUCAAUUCCAGGAUGAAACGCGAAGCAUUUUUGCAAGUUGUGUCUAAAGAGUCAAUUGAGGACUUCCUGCGUUACACUCAGAAUCCUAAAAAUCCAUUUGAUCAUUUUGACUUGGAUGAGCUACUUCAAGAAUUGCCAAGAAAGCAAAAAGAAGUGCUAUGGCAGAGACUGACACAGCUGUUGACAGAGAGCUUGAUGGAGAACCCUGUGGAAAUGUGGCACAGGUCUGGAGAUGAAAAAAGUGAUGACAACAUGGAAGUUGAUGUAGUUCCAGCAAUGAAACAAACUGUAGCAGUGAUCCAAGGAGUGGCAUCUGUUGUUACUGCUUCCAUACCUGCAGUGGAAGAAAAUGUAAACUACAAAGCUCUUGUAGAAUGCGUUUUUAUACUAAACGGUAUUCUUCCUGCAUUACCUGCAUCUGAAAAUGUUCUACAGGAUGCUAUCCAACGUGUGUGUCAGAUGUGGUGGGAGAAGGGUCUGGAAGGGAAGGAGCAGCUGGGAAAGACUCUGUUUGUCAUUCUGCUGAGAAAAAGCCUGAAUAAAGCUGCUACGGGUGCAAAUCUAGUUCGUGUAUGGAAUCUACAUCAGACAUUACUUUGUUUUGAUUAUGAUUCUGAUGAGAGUAAUGAAGUCAAGGACUUGUUGCUUCAGUGUUUUAUGAGUGUAAAACACAUUAAUAAAGAAGAGGGAAGAAGACUCUUGAGUUUUUUGUUCAGUUGGAAUAUUAACUUCAUUAAAAUGAUACAUGGAACUGUUAAAAACCAAUUACAGUUCUUUCCAAGAUCCUUGAUGGAAUACAUUUCAGAAGUUUACUUCAGGGCCUGGAAGAAGGUGUCAGGAGAAUUCACAGAGGUACUUGAAUAUAACUGCAUUCAGGAUUUCAUGCAUCAUGGAAUUCAUCUUCCCAGAAGUUCUCCUGUUCAUUCUAAAGUUAGAGAGAUGCUGAGUUAUUUUCAUAAACAAAGUAAAGUUCGUCAAGGAGUUGAAGAAAUGCUUUAUAGACUGUAUCAGCCCAUCCUCUGGAGAGCACUGAAGGCCAGAAACUCAGAAGUUCGAGCAAAUGCAGCAUUUUUGUUCGUUGAUGUUUUUCCUCUUCGUGAUCCCAGUUUUACUUCUGAAGAGAUGGACAGUGAAAUUCAGAAACAAUUUGAAGAACUUUUUAGUCUUUUAGAAGAUCCUCAUCCAGUUGUCCGCUCUACGGGGAUACUUGGAGUUACUCAGAUCACAUCCAAGUACUGGGAAAUGAUUCCUCCAACAAUUCUUGCUGAUCUUUUAAAAAAGAUAACUGGAGAGCUGGCAUGUGAUAUAACAUCUGCUGAUGUUCGAUGCUCUGUUUUUAAAUGCCUACCAAUAAUUUUGGACAACAAACUAAGUCACCCACUCCUGGAACAGCUCCUGCCUGCAACCAAACACAGUCUUCAUGAUAAUUCUGAGAAAGUGCGAGUGGCUUUUGUGGAAAUGCUGCUCAAAGUGAAGGCCACCAAGGCUGCUAAGUUCUGGAAUAUCUGUCCCAUGGAGCAUCUCCUGUCUCGCCUUGAAGCUGAUUCUCGGCCGGUGUCCCGGCGCAUCGUGAACCUCCUGCUGAACUCCUUCUUCCCCACCACCCAGCCCGAGGAUGUGUGGUGUGAGCGCUGUGUCACCCUGAUCCAGAUGAAUCCAGCAGCAGCCAGGAAGUUCUAUCAAUAUGCUUACGAAUUCACUGCCCCCACCAAUAUAGCUAAAUUGAUGCUCACUAUUCGGCGCUGCUUGAAUGCCUGCAUCCAGAGAGCAAUGAAAGAGAGUCUUCAUGAUAGUGGGGAUGAUGAGGAGGAUGAAGAUGGAAGUCAAAGGGAGAACAGCAGUGUGUUGGAUAAUGUGUUGUCAGUAAAUGAUGUAGCCAGCAUGGCAAGUUUGUUGGAGAUCACUGUAAUACUCUGGAGAAGUAUCCACAAAGCACUCGAUCACAAUGAAGAUGCCAAAGAUUAUGCUAUCAGGAAGUUUGCUUCUGUACUUCCUGAAUAUUUUAAAGUAUUUCAGGACGAGCGGUGCAUGACUCCAUUGAUCAUUCUGGCGUCCUUUAUGCCCCCUGCUGCUAUUCCUACAUUCAGCUGUGGUGUGGUUUCCAGACUCAGAAAUAUUGACAGUGGAGCUGACCAGAGCAAAUAUUCUAUCCUGAUCGACUGCCUGUGCCGCUGGGGCCAAGUGGGGCACAUCAUGGAAUUAGCCUGCGAUUGGCUGUGUGACUCACUCACCCCAACAAAGAAUACUAAACCAUCUAAGCGUCGAGUACGUAUCCACGUAACGCAGGAAUCAAAGCCAGACUUAGCAGUUGAUUACAUUGAGUAUUUAUUGACUCAUCCUGUCAAUCGUGGUUGCCUCCUUUCUGUUCCUAAAAACAAACUGAAGAAGCUUUUGAAGAUCCUGGGUGCUGCAAAGAGGAUUCUUGGCUCAGUUCUGGAAGGAACAGAUUCUGGUGGCUGGAAUCAAGCAACCAGCUUAAGAGCCUUCAGCCUCUUUUGCAGAUUGACUAUUCAUCUUCAGCACAAGUUUUCUGAAGAGGGAGAAGAUUACCUUUCACUUCUGAAGGAGACAGGUGCUUGGAUAGAAAGUCAAGUUCUACCUUUUAUACUAACAAGUGAUCAAGAGGAUGGUAUUUCAAAACACAGUGAUGUUUCUGAGCUAAUUAUCCAGGGCUACCUGACAGUGUGUAAAGAUGUCAUAAUGGUGGGCCUGGGUAAUCUCACAUUUCAAGCACACCUUUUAGAACUGGCUCUUCUGAUUGUGCAAACAGAGAGAGGUGGCUUUUGUGCUCCAGUGUUGCUAUGCACUCUAAAAGAAAUUAUUGAAGCUUCUUUAAAUCAGAAUACUGCAACAGAGGAAGUGACAAAUCUUUUCCAGGCUCUGCAAAACGUCUUUCAGAAAAUUUUAGAAUGUGUGGCACAUAGACUUAAGAAAGAACAGGAAGAAGGGAUUCAGUUGAUUCGCUCUAUUCAGAUUCCUCUUGGAGAAUUCAUCCAUGCACUGCAGUGCUGGCAUUCCUCAUUCCCAGCAGUUCACCAGGGUGUGCUCUCCACUCUCUUGGCGGCAAUAGUAGCAGAGAUAAAUUGUGUGCUACAGAAGGCUUCCAGUGAAAAAGAUUUGACUAUGCCAAAGACUAUUUCAGACCUUCCCCCUCUUUCAAGCAGUUUAAUGGCUGUAAUUAUGAAGUCAGUUAAUGUUGUCAGGUCAUUUUUAAAUGAAAUAAUGGAGUGCAUUCUUUCUGAAGAAAUUGAAGGGAUUUUUAGUCUAACAGCUACUGUCUGCAUUGUGGUUAUAAUUAAAGGUAAGCACAAAACUUCACUUCUAAAGGAUAUUGCACCUGCCAUGCAAAGGAAGCUGAUACUGUGCAAGGAUGCUGCCACAAGAGAAUCCAGCAGCACUGGAAGAUUCCUGUAUGAAUCAUCCCUGAAAAUUUUGGAUGAGCUUUUGAAUCCGUGACCACGCAGAAGCUUUUGUCGUGAAAAUUGAGGGAAGAUAUAUUGCUUUUUGAAAAACCUACCUUGUAAACUUGUGAAUUGUUUAAGAUUGCUUUCUGUUAUUCUGUACAUUUAAAGCAAGCAAAAUGUAUAAAAGUGUGUAUAGAAAUUUUGUAAUAGUAAAGAUUUUUCAACAGCUGCAAAGGGGUUAUUCUGUAUAAAAAUGUCUUGUUGGGGGGAGUGUAAAAUCAGUAUUUUUGUACCAUUGUUUUUGUGAAACAAAUAAUAAUAAUUGUAUCAUAAAUACUCUUGAGACUGAGGUAACAAGUGAUCUCAGUCCCUGGGAGGACUAGAGCAUAUUCCUUGGGCUUAUGGAAAUGAAUCUUAUUUUGACGUAUGUGUGGGUCAAAAUGGUGAUUGUGAAUAGCCAUCAUGGCUUUACCAGGGGCAAGCUGUGCCUAACCAGCCUGACUUCCCUCCCCCUUUGUAGAAGAGAGAGCUCAGCAUGUGCUGGGUCCUACCUUUGGCAAAGACUUUUACAGUCUUUCACAGUAUCCUUACAGCCAAGCUGGAGAGAGAUGGGAUGGAUGGGUAGACUUGGAAGGUGAAUGGGAAACUGGCUGGACCAUCAGAGUGGAAGAAUAAAGGGGUGAGAUUGGCAGCUGUGGCUGUGGCACUGCUGAGGACAGGCCCUGCUGCCAGGGCUGGUUGGUGACAGGGUGAGCAGCAGCCUCGGACUGAUGGCAGAUGACAGCAGCUGGGAGCCACAGCUGACACCGAGGGGCAUCUCUUGAUGUUCAGCAAGGACCUGGACCUGAUGGACAAAUCCUGCACCACGCACACGAGCACCUGCACGAGGGCGGCUUCUUGCUGCCUGCACCUGCCUGCAGGGGAGGAUAAAGGAAGCACUUUCCCCAGAGACGCCUGCAGGGGAGGAUAAAGGAAGCACUUUCCCCAGAGAUGAAUGGAGGAGAAGAUGGCUGCAGAAAUAACUUGAGCAAGAGAAUUUCUUGUUGGACAUGAAAAAAAUCAUGAGAGUGAAUUGGAACUGGAAGAGGUUACUCAGAAUGCCUGUGGAAUAUCCAUCCUUGGAGAUGUGCAGCACUUGGCUGACAAGGAGGGCUCCCACCUUCCAUGGUGUCAUAGCUUUGGAGUUAGCCCUGCUGAGCUGGGGAUUGGACCAGAUUCUCCCCUGAGCUUCCUAAUAACUUGAAUAUUCAGGUGAUUGAGUACCCAGUACACUGGGGAGAAGUGUCUUAACUAUUAAAUGUAGACUUGAGUAAUAUGUAAAUUAUUUUACAUUUAGCUAUUUUUAAAAAUAUAGCUAUUUUGAUAAGUUAGUACUAAUGAUGCAGAUAAUGUAGGCAUCUAAGCCACAUAUUUAUUUUUCUUCAUGCAGCCAGAUACUGUCCCAAGACUAAUAGAAUGCUGAUUGCAGAGUGUUAUUUUGCCUUAAUGGAGAUACCUGUAAAUGAGCUCAUGGGGUGGUUCAAGCCCAGCCAGCAGCCAGGCACCACCCAGCUGCUCCCUCACUGCCUCCACCCCUUUGGACAUGGGGGCAGGACUGAAAGGCUACAAGUCAAAAAGAAAUAGUAGAAUAAUUAAGAAAAAAAUAGUAUUUUCAAUUUGUGAGGAAAAGAGAUAGAGAGGAAAAUAAAACCACCUAGCCAGUGCUGUCAGUGCAAACAUCAGACCGUACUUGACAUACUUGACCUUGGGACAUAAAACUUUCCUACUGAAAAAAGCUGUUUUAGUUGGAAUGAUGAUAUUUAAAAGCAGUGCAGUUCUUAAUAAAAAACUGGCAAGCUUUGCAACAGGAAAGACCAUGUGUGCAUGGAUUCAUGAGUUCCAAAUUUACCUCAUCCACAACAGUGGCCUGACCAAAGAAACUAAUGCUUGCCCCAGCAGGUAGCUGCAGAUCUGCCAACUGUUUAUCUAUCAACAUCUUUAUAAAAACUGUGUUCUUUGGCCUUCAUUCUUUUACAUCUGUUAACAGGCAGGUGUUCCGGUAAUGACCUUUUAAAUCUUCUGAUUAAACAAAUUACUCAAUGAAUAUGUAAAUAAGUUUAUUUUUUUGCUUCUCAGUCUCUCAGUAUUUGCUCAUAUCAUUAGAUUAGAAAAGAAUCCAAAUUCACUGCCUUGUUUUUCUUCAAUGUAUAGUUUUCGUUUUUUUCAUGAAAUUCAUGGUACAGAUGCAAUAGCCCUGCACCUGAAUGAAAUAAAGUUCAAUCCAUCAACAUCAGAAAUAUGUGGAUUUCCUUUGAAGAACUCAGAGGUGAUACUGCUAGGAAGGGUAAAAAAUUUCAAGGUAAACCUUUGUCUUCCUGGUGGCUGGUACUCAAGUGGUUCCUAAGAGGGUUGAAAUAAUUUUAUGUUAGUCCUGCGGCUGGUGAACAUAUUUCAGCUCAAUUUCUAGUCUGGCUCUACUAAACUGAUCUGCCAUGAAAAAACAUCGGCUUUCUGCUACACAAAUAAUGGUGUUGGGAUUCCUUGAGCCAAGGUCUGUUAGGGCUUUCUCCUUAGUCCUUUGUGGCAAAUUCCAUAAGAAUUUCAGAGGAGUUCUAUGUUUCACUUUCUUUCUCAUUGCAAACUUUAAUCUUGCAAAAAUUUAAAUCUACAUUUUCCUUCUAUUUGGAAGAUAACAAAUAAAUAGGAUAUUUCUUAAGCUGUUAUCUUUUGUAAACCUAUAAAACAGAUUUGUUUCAUCUUAUUAAUCAAAAGUGCUGUUGGGGAAGAGGUGUUCUUUGAGUAUGUUUGAAAACUUCCCUUAAUCUUGAGACAGACUUUGAGAUCUGUUCAGCUUUUUGAAGAAGUUGAACCUGACUUUGAUUAAUAAAAUUGCUUGAAAAAUGAGCAAGAAAACACCAGUCUGUGACACUCCUUUGGGCAACUGGCCCUGGCAGGUGCUGAUGAUGAAGAGCUGCCUGCAGAAGAAACGUUCCGGUCACAGUUGUACUUGUGAGUGCCCUGUCUGGAGCUCUUCCCUUUGUGCAUAUGCAUUCAGGAUCAAUGAGACUGGAAAAAGCAAUAACUUUAGAAAUCAAGAUUAUUUGUAAGGACUUGGGUUCUUUUUGUAAUGACAAUGUUCAUUUGCUUUGUUGUCUGGAUGGGAAACAAAGCCCAGCAUUUGCUACCUAUCACAGCUUCAACUUGUGAGCUAAGGAAAAAAAACAGGAGAAAUUCUCAAACUUCUGCCUUAGCAAAUAAAUAUCUUCAGGUAUAGAUCCAAACAUACUAACCUUCAGAACAGCCAGGGAAGUUAAAAAAAUUCACCUUGCACCUGUUGUUUACUCCAUGAGAGCUGCAACUCACUUUGUAUUUAAACUCCCAUGUACUCAAGCGUUCUGAGGUCUGACUUUCUGAAGGAAAUCAGCCUAAUUUUGACACACUCUUUCACCUUGAAAGAUGCUUAGUGAAGGACACUCCUGAGAGUGACUGUGAUGUGAAACCAUGCACACAACAGUGAAUUUCCAUAGUCUUUGCUGAUCUGCUCCAGUGUCUUGCAAACCAAGACCACUGCAGAGUCCAGGGUGCCUGUGCCAGGAGCCCCUGUUGUGGCAGCUGCCCAUCUCUGAGAGAAGAGCAUGGGUUAGUACUGGCACUGUGACGAGCAGCUGGCCAAGGGCAGCUUUCAGGAACAGCUGCAGAACUUUCCACACGAGGCCAGCAGUUCUUCAGGUUCAUUAAGCCCUUGCAGAUCCGCACAGGUCUUGCCUAA